AUGUUGAGUGAAAAUUAUUGCUGUGAUGAUGCUUGCGCUCGACCAUUGAUAUCCGUCUACUCUGAGAAGGGGGAAGCAUCAGGCAAAAAUGUCACCUUGCCUGCUGUGUUCAAGGCUCCCAUCCGCCCUGACAUCGUGAACUUCGUUCACACCAAUUUGCGCAAGAACAACAGGCAGCCCUACGCUGUCAGUGAACUCGCAGGUCAUCAGACCAGUGCUGAAUCUUGGGGUACUGGGAGAGCCGUCGCUCGUAUUCCUCGAGUACGAGGUGGUGGGACUCACCGCUCCGGCCAGGGUGCCUUUGGAAAUAUGUGUCGUGGAGGCCGCAUGUUUGCCCCAACCAAGAUCUGGCGGCGCUGGCACCGCAGAGUGAAUAUCACUCAAAAGCGUUACGCCGUCUGCUCCGCUCUGGCAGCGUCGGCUCUUCCAGCAUUGGUCAUGUCUAAAGGCCACCGCAUCGAGGAGAUUCCAGAGCUUCCGCUGAAGCUUAAAGCCUGGAAUGACAUCAAAAAGGUUUAUGCCUCCCAGCGCAUGCGGGCCGGAAAGGGUAAAAUGAGGAAUCGCCGCCGCAUCCAGCGCAGGGGACCCUGCAUCAUCUACAACGAGGACAACGGGAUCAUCAGAGCUUUCCGGAACAUCCCAGGNAUCCCUCCCCUCGACGUGAACAAGCUGAACCUGCUGCGGCUUGCGCCCGGGGGCCACGUCGGGCGUUUCUGCAUUUGGACAGAAAGCGCCUUCCGCAAGCUGGAUGAUCUGUACGGCACCUGGCGCAAAGCUGCGAUGCUGAAGAGCGACUACAACCUGCCCAUGCACAAGAUGACCAACACCGACAUCGGGAGAAUCAUGAGAAGCCAGGAAAUCCAGAAGGCGCUGCGGGCACCCAAGAAGAAGAUUUGCCGCAGGGUCCUGAAGAAGAAUCCUCUGAAGAACCUGAGGAUCAUGAUCAAGCUGAACCCCUACGCCAAAACGAUGCGACGCAACACCAUCCUGCGCCACGCGCGAAACCAUAAAUUGAAGGAGGAGAAGAGGGCCAAAGCCAAGGCCAAGCUGGCGGCCCAGGCCCCGCCGGAGCCCAAGGCCGAGACCACUCUUGGGCAGAUGGACAACGAGGCUGCUAUCAACCAAACUGAAUUACGCCUAAGUCUUCAGGGUCAUGAAGAGGAGGAGGAAGAGGAGGAGGAAUCGGAUUCUUGA